UAUAGAGGCAGGUACAGAGAGAUAGGGAGAGAGAGAGAGAUUAUACAGAGUAGAGCGAGCGAGCGAGAGAGAGAGCAUAGUAAUAAAAGAAAGAAAAAGAAAAAACAGGAUGGUUGGAGGGCAAGGUGGUGCAGGGGGCAUGGUAAGCCGAGAGGAGCAAGAAAUAGCGCGGGGUGUGGAGAGUGUGUUGAGCGCGGCGAGCCCUAAUUUGAGCUCUUUACAAGACGUGGUGGAGCAAGUGGAGUCCAAACUAGGGUUUCAAGUCUCUCACAAGAUCGAUUUCAUUCGCACCCACAUCCACUACCUUCUACGUCCUCCUCCUCAACCUCAACCACAGCAUCUCUACCACAAGGACCAUUUUGCCCUUGAACAACUUCCAAUUCCCCGCCCUCUUGCUCAACAACACACCACUUUGCCACCUGAUCAUUUGCCUUUCUCUCAGCAGCUUCAGUUUGAGCCCUACGCCGCUUCGCCUCCGCCUCCUACCACUAGUCCCAGUUCUGGAUUAGCCUCGCCUCCGCCUCAGCCUCCGCCGCAGCCUCAAUCUUCGAAAAAGAGUGCUCAAAAGGUGAAGAGAAAAAGAGGCGGCCCUGGUGGCCUUAACAAACUUUGUGGUGUGUCCCCCUUGCUUCAGCCUAUUGUUGGUCAUCCGACUCUACCACGGACUGAGAUUGUGAAGCAGCUGUGGAUAUACAUAAGGAAAAACAAUCUUCAGGAUCCAAGUAACAAGAGGAAAAUAAUUUGCAAUGAUGAGCUGCGCUUAGUUUUUGAGACCGACAGUACUGACAUGUUCAGGAUGAACAAGUUGCUAGCUAAACAUAUAAUCCCCCUUGAACCAACUAAGCCAACAAAUCGAGUUUCAAAGAAAUCAAAGGCCAGUGUUGAACUUGAAAGUAAAUGUGCACCUAAAAGUGAACGCUCACCUGAAAGUAAAACUGACAGUAAAUGCAGUGAUAUUGUUCCCAUUGUGAUAAUAUCUGAUGAACUCGCAAGUUUUUUUGGCACUGAUGAAAGGGAGAUGUCACAAGCAGAGGUCCUGAGGCAAAUAUGGGAAUACAUAAAAGUCAACCAGCUCGAGGAUCCUUCAAAUGCAAUGGUUAUACAGUGUGAUGAAAAGCUUGAAGAGCUCCUUAAAUGCAAAAGUGUUUCGGCUUUGGGGAUACCUGAGAUGUUGGCACACUAUCACCUUUGCAAGAAAUCGGAUACACAAUCACAUUAAUUGAUGCAUCAUUUCCCAAUGUCAAACUUCUGGGAACUAUAAGGUACAAAAAAUAUAUGGCAUCACAGUUGCAUAGCACCGUAAUUGACCCACUCUGGGAUGGCUAAACGGCUUCCAGAUGACUAUUGUUUGUUAUUUUUCUUUUUUUUGUUUCCUCAUUUCUCCUGAUCUGUAUUACUGAUGGAAGUGGGGAACACGUUAGAGGCUUCAAGGUAUGGAUUGCUUGCUGUGUAGUAGCAGUUAGUAAAUGACUAUACCGACUGUUUAAAGGAAUAGCUGUAGCUGGUUCAGGUGUUGAUAUAUUUAGAAGAACAGGAAGAAAUGUAAUUAGAGUACGACCUUUUAUCCUAGUGCUAGCUGCUGAAUAUUGUCAUUUUGCAAAUCAUUUUAAGGGGCUUCGUUGUUGAUUAUUAGACGAUA